AUUCACUGGAACAAUCCUGAGCUUCGCUCCGACUACACUGAUAGCUCCGGAAUGACAUUGUACUACACCAAAAAUCGCCGGCCAAAUGACCUUAAAGUGUGGGGGGUCGCCUUAUUCCAGGCUGAUAUUCCUCCUGGUGAAGAAGAAUUUGAAGUAGAAGCAUGGUGUAGAAGUGACUGUACCUCGCGAUACUUGUCUGGACCAGUCUACAUAACAAAAGCAGUUAAUCACAUGCACUACCUCGGACGAAAAGAAAGGAUCCAGCUAUAUAGAGACGGGCUGCUGGUCAGGGAUAUAACAAACGAUGACACAUAUGCCUACGAUAAGUUCGUUGAAUUUUCAUUGGAGACUCCUAUCGAAUUCAAGCCGGGAGAUGAAAUCAAGGUAACUUGUACUUACAGAACUGUUGGUAAAGACAGGACGACGUUUAUAGGAGGGGGAACUACAGAUGAAAUGUGUAUAGGCUUUCUGUUUGUCUUCCCAGCUCAAAACCUAAAUGGAGAUUCGUGCUGGUCAAUGCAGGACAUAGAUUUGUGUAAAAUACGAGAAUUUGCAUCAGACUUCCCGUUGGUUAACGGCUGCAACUUAAAAAAAAUUGCCAAUCCAUUUAACCCAGAAUCCAUUACCCUUUUUAAAAACCUCAAGAAACUUUGCAAACCCUUCGAUAUUUGUACACACGAAUGCAAACAAUAUGUACAGGGUAUAUCAGAGAGUAACAAGUGUUUCCAGGGAAGCAUAUACGCCCUUUACCGGCAAAUGUCCAUAGGGAUUUCGUCACACUUUAUGGAACUAUGGGCAGCCGUCGAUUCUUGUAAAACGGAGAUUGAACUGGAUAAUUGUCAGAUACAGUGUGACUCAGGGAAGAACAGCGACAGGACCAUUGGGCGCGGAUAAAAUUACAGCCGACUGGACAGUGGAGAAUAAACUUUGAAUAACAGAAUACUUACUCGCUUCCUCUUUCGACAGCAAUACAAUUUUGUCAUUGACAAAGUAAAGUUCCUAAUCUCAAUAAAGAAAUGA